AUGGGCCGUUUGGGAAGAAUGAUGCAAGGAGAAGAAGAGGUCGACGACGCUCAGUCGACUGUGGAGCGUCGGCCGCGGCGGCAGAAGAUGUUGAAGGUCUGUUUCACCGACGGUGCCCAAGCGGUCUGCGGCAUCGAGCGCCGGCCCAUCGCGCAACUGCGUGCGGCGGUGCCAGGCACAAAGUUGCUGUUGGGCAAUCGACCGCUACUGCGGCGUGGUUUGUUGCUGUUGGAGCCCCAACACAUGGAAGCCUUUGGAACAGUGCCCCAGGCUGGGGCAUCCAGGGACUUUUAUGGGAAGAUGAUGCAGGCGCCUGACGGCGGCGCGCCUGUGGCUGUGAACCCUGCGCCAGCUGCGCCGCCGCCGGGCCGUGCGCGGGAGGGCAGGGAGGUGUUGCUCCGUUUCUACGUCAUUCAGGCCUCUGUCGUCGCCGCCGCGGGCGCGGGCGCGUUGCGUCUCUCGUUGGGCGACGGCUUGGGGAGCUGUGAGGCCUUGUUGGCAGGGCCGCUGCUGCAGCAGCUGCUGGGGCAGGCUUGUGCUGAUGAAUUGCGAAGGAAAAGGGUUGAUACAAAAGGGGGGCCAACUUGUUCAACCAGCCUCUCCAGCCGGAUGCCAUUUCGAGGAACAGUUAUCUAUUUUUUUGCGAAUUUGAAUGAAAUGUCCCUCAUCUCCCAUCUUCAAUCGGCAAAUCAUGCACAUUUCUCCGAUGUUUGUGAACAACGGUGUUUACCAGAAGACAUCUUUUGA